AUGACGGGGCUAGUGAUGGUGACUAAAGGCGUAGGCUGCGGCGGAGGAAAAGGAGGGAGAGGAAAAUCGGCGGUGGAGGAGGAGGAGGAGGAAGAGCAGAAUCAGCAGCUCUCUCUCGUGGAGUUUCUCCUGACUGCGCUGCGUAAAUCGGUUGUAUCUUGCCGCGUGGACAAUCGGCAAGACGACGGCGGAAUCGGCGGAGGGAUCUCCUCCGCCGUUCAUAACAUGGAGAUUGGUUGGCCGACGAACGUUCGACACAUCACUCACGUGACGUUCGAUCGAUUCCACGGCUUUCUCGGCCUCCCUCACGAGCUUCAGGUCGAGAUCCCUUGUCGAGUCCCCAGUGCUAGUGUGAGCGUGUUUGGUGUAUCGGCGGAAUCAAUGCAAUGCUCUUAUGAUGAGAAAGGGAACAGUGUCCCAACUAUUCUCUUACUAAUGCAGGAAAGAUUAUACUCUCAACAAGGUCUCAAGGCUGAAGGGAUUUUCAGGAUUAAUCCUGAGAAUAGUCAAGAGGAACAAGUAAGAGACCAGCUAAACAGAGGAAUUGUUCCUGAGAACAUUGAUGUGCAUUGCUUGGCCGGUCUUAUAAAAGCUUGGUUUAGAGAGUUGCCUAGUGGAAUCCUCGACGGACUCUCUCCUGAGGAAGUACUCAACUGCAACACCGAGGAAGAAUCUGUUGAGCUCAUAAAGCAGCUGAAGCCAACAGAGUCUGCUUUGCUCAACUGGGCUGUUGAUCUCAUGGCUGAUGUUGUUGAGGAAGAAGAGUCUAACAAGAUGAAUGCGAGGAAUAUAGCCAUGGUUUUUGCUCCUAAUAUGACUCAGAUGACAGAUCCGUUAACGGCUCUGAUGCACGCUGUUCAAGUGAUGAACUUGCUCAAGACACUCAUCACGAGAACACUAGCUGAACGGGAAGAGACUGCGACUGGAUCAGAAGGAUAUUCUCCAUCUCACUCAUCCAAUUCCCAAUCUGACUCUGACUCUGACAAUGCUCAAGACAUGGAAGUUAGCUGUGAAUCACAAGGCACAGAUUCAGAGUGCGGAGAAGAAGUAGAAGAAGAAGAAGAACAGAAACAAGAAGAUGAGAACGAUGUUGGAUCGUUGAGCUCGAUAGAGAAGUGCUUCUUGAGUCAGCUCAACAGCAAUGCUAGAGUUUCAAACACAAGUAUCUCUGAAGACUGGAGCCCUAAGUGCUCUCCGCUAGUAUCAUUCACAGCCACAAACAACAACAAAAACAACACUUUGAGCUCGAGCAAAAGCGACUAA